AUCAAGACUAUGUAAUAGGGUUGCCCUCGUUCUUUUCCUGAAUUCCUACCGACCUUUACCUGGCUGGGACUUACGUGUACAACAGCUUUGGCACUAAAGAAAUCCCAAGCAGCAAAUAAUUCAUCAUAAUUGCAUGAAGACGAAGCCUACUAAAAUUCUUAUUGGUUUUACAGAUAAAAUGGUCGAUCCCAUCUCUUCAUAAACUCCAAAAUCUCAUACAUUUAGCCUCAAAUUCUUCUCAAGCGCUAACUACACUACUCAAGACGUUGUCUUGCACAAAACAGAGUUAAUGGCUCGCAUUGUUGGGUUUCUGAUACUUGCAAUUUCUGCACAAGCUAUGGCUAAGUUCGACGUGGACCCUCAUCAGUGUCCGGUCAUUUUCGAUAAUUUCCCUUACUGCAUGGAUUUUCUCAUAGGUUCAAACGAUUGGCCUUCAAGCCAAUGUUGUCAGCGGGUAUAUGACUUCAAUGCAUUAGCUAAGCACGGAAUGGGGCCAAGAGCUAUCUGUGAGUGCAUUGAAAUAAUAACAAGGACGAUCCCUAUGAAGUUAAGGGCUGACCGUAUCAGUGAUCUUCCUGUCAGGUGCAACACAUAUCUCAGUUUUCCCAUUUCUGAGUAUAUGGACUGCAACAGCAUAUAUUAAAAGAGUGAGCUAUGCAGAAGACAUCUUGGUAGAGGUUGAGACCAAAGUUAUCCAGUAAAAUGUUGUUUCGGUGGCUAAUGUACUUGUCCGAAGCUCCAUAAUGUUGUUGUCCAUUUAGAACAGGACUUAAUAAUAAUGUUGCCAUUAGAUUAAUGUUGUGCCAUUUCCAUAGUUGUUUUACAGCUACAAAUAACAAGAAUGCAAAACAUGAUGGUAUGUUUUGAGGCUCGAUAGAGUGAACUUUCUAAUAUAUUUGACCACAGUUUAUUUCUGCU